UUUCCGGUUGUUAAACAAAUCAAUAGGGAGAGAGGGAAACACUUAAUUACACAGACGUAACUGCUACUCUCUCUUGACUUCUAACUAACAAUCAUGUAAAUAAAUCUUUCAGAUGCUCUCUCUUAAAAAUUUCUUGCUAAAACCCUAAUAAAAUCUCACUGCUUCUGCUGCUACUCUGUCUAUUAGGUUAACAAUAUUGGUAAUUGAGAUUGUGAUUCGAACCCUAGAAUUGAAUUUUAGCUCAAGGAGUCAGUUAGUUAGGGUUUCCGUUUUAUUUAUUUGUUUGCUCCUGUUGCUACUUCAAAAUUGAACAACGACAACGACAACGAAGCCAUGAGUCCUAUUCAAAAUUUCGAGCAACACUCCCGCCAUCUGGUGGAGCCUGGCCUCGAAAUACAGUCAAGGUUGCAGAUGGCAAUGGAAGUACGGGAUAGUCUUGAAAUUGCGCAUACAUCAGAGUACUUAAAUUUCCUGAAAUGCUACUUUCGCGCGUUCUCAGUUAUCCUCUUAAAAAUUACAACGCCACAGUUUGUAGAUAAUCCUGAGCACAAGCUUCGGAACAUUGUUGUGGAGAUUCUUAAUCGUCUUCCUCAUAGUGAAGUUCUCCGCCCCUUUGUUCAGGACCUUCUAAAGGUUGCGAUGCAAGUGCUUACUAAAGACAAUGAGGAAAAUGGAUUGAUUUGUAUUCGUAUUAUCUUUGACCUUCUUAGGAAUUUUAGGCCAACUCUUGAAAAUGAAGUUCAGCCAUUCUUGGAUUUUGUAUGCAAGAUAUACCAGAAUUUUAGAUCAACUGUUAGUCAUUUCUUUGAUAAUACAACACAAGCUAUGGAAGAUGUUAAACCAAUGGAGAGUUCUUCUUCCUCAGAUCAUGUUAUUACAGGCCCUUCAUUUGGUGGAAAUGGGCAGCUUAACCCGAGUACUCGUUCUUUCAAGAUAGUUACAGAGAGUCCUCUUGUAGUCAUGUUUUUAUUCCAAUUGUACAGCCGACUUGUUCAAACUAAUAUUCCUCACUUGUUGCCUCUGAUGGUUGCUGCGAUAUCUGUCCCUGGUCCGGACAAAGUUCCUCCUAAUUUAAAGAGCCACUUCAUUGAACUGAAGGGUGCACAGGUUAAGACAGUUUCCUUCUUAACUUACUUGUUGAAGAGUUUUGCUGAUUAUAUUAGGCCGCAUGAAGAAAGCAUUUGUAAAAGUAUUGUCAAUUUGCUUGUCACAUGUUCUGACUCAGUAUCCAUUAGAAAGGAAUUAUUGGUUGCUUUGAAGCAUGUUCUUGGGACAGAUUUCAAAAGAGGCUUAUUUCCUUUAAUUGACACACUUUUAGAAGAGAGGGUUCUAGUUGGAACAGGUAGAGCAUGCUAUGAAACUUUGAGGCCGUUGGCUUAUAGUCUAUUGGCAGAGAUUGUUCAUCAUGUUCGGAGUGACCUUUCCUUAUCACAGCUGUCACGAAUUAUUUAUCUGUUUUCGAGUAACAUGCAUGAUGCCUCAUUGUCGCUCAGUAUCCACACCACCUGUGCUCGGUUGAUGUUAAAUCUGGUGGAACCAAUUUUCGAGAAAGGUGUGGACCAACCAUCUAUGGAUGAAGCUCGGGUUCUACUGGGGCGUAUUUUGGAUGCUUUUGUUGGUAAAUUUAGCACUUUCAAGCGCACCAUUCCACAGUUGUUGGAGGAGGGUGAUGAUGGCAAGGAGCGUGCUACUCUGAGGUCAAAGCUUGAACUUCCUGUGCAGGCAGUUCUUAAUUUGCAAGUCCCGGUGGAACAUUCCAAGGAAGUUAGUGAUUGUAAGAAUCUGAUCAAGACCUUAGUUAUGGGAAUGAAGACUAUCAUAUGGAGUAUCACCCAUGCACACUUGCCACGGUCUCAGGUUUCUCCUUUCACACAUGGUACUCACUCACAAGGGAUUGUCCCACCGGCAUCUAAUUUGCUAUCGCCUCAAGUGUUCAAAGGGAUGAGAGAAGAUGAGGUCUGGAAAGCUUCUGGUGUUCUGAAGAGUGGUGUAUACUGCUUAGCCCUCUUCAAGGAGAAAGAUGAAGAGAGAGAAAUGCUAAAUCUCUUUUCCCAGAUUUUGGCAAUUAUGGAACCUAGGGAUCUUAUGGACAUGUUCUCCUUGUGUAUGCCUGAGCUUUUUGAAUGCAUGAUUAGCAACACACAGCUAGUUCAGAUAUUUUCUUCUCUUCUGCAAUCUCAGAAAGUCUAUCGGCCAUUUGCUGAUGUCUUAGUUAGCUUUCUCGUUAGCAGCAAACUUGAUGUUUUGAAGCAACCAGAUUCACCAGCUGCUAAACUGGUUUUGCAUCUCUUCCGGUUCAUAUUUGUCGCUGUUGCAAAAGCACCUACAGAUUUUGAUCGUAUUUUGCAGCCUCAUGUGCCAGUUAUAAUCGAAGUUUGUAUGAAGAAUGCUACUGAAGUUGAAAAACCUCUCGGCUACAUGCAGCUUCUUUGCACCAUGUUCAGAGCUCUCGCAGGAUGUAAACUCGAGCUUCUUCUCCGGGACUUGAUUCCUAUGCUACAGCCCUGUUUAAAUAUGUUGUUGACUAUGCUUGAGGGCCCCGCAGGGGAAGAUAUAAAGGACCUUUUGCUGGAGCUAUGUUUGACAUUGCCUGCUCGCUUAAGUGCAUUGCUGCCAUAUCUUCCUCGUCUCAUGAAGCCUCUUGUUCUGUGUCUGAAGGGAAGUGAUGACCUAGUGCUACUAAGUUUAAGAACACUUGAGUUUUGGGUGGAUAGUUUAAAUCCUGAUUUUUUAGAACCUAGCAUGGCAAAUGUCAUGUCAGAGGUGAUUUUAGCCUUGUGGUCUCACCUAAGGCCGGCACCAUAUCCUUUUGGGGGGAAAGCAUUGCAACUCCUCGGUAAAUUAGGUGGCCGUAACAGAAGGUUUCUUAAAGAGCCCCUAGCCCUUGAGUGCAAGGAGAACCCAGAGCAUGGGCUUCGCUUGAUCCUUACAUUUGAGCCCUCAACCCCAUUUUUGGUACCUCUGGAUCGAUGCAUAAAUCUUGCUGUGGCAGCUGUCAUGCACAAACAGGGCGGCAUGGAUGCUUUCUAUCGGAAGCAGGCUUUAAAGUUCCUUCGUGUUUGUUUAUCUUCUCAGCUUAAUUUGCCCGGAAAUGUUUCUGAAGGGGGGUGUACUACUAGGCAAUUAUCAACUUUGCUAGUUUCUACAGUUGAUUCUUUUUCACGCAAAUCUGAGACAUCUGACUUAAAGGCAGAUUUGGGUGUGAAGACAAAGACCCAACUUUUGGCUGAGAAGUCAGUUUUUAAGAUUCUAUUGAUGACCAUAAUUGCUGCCAGUGCAGAACCAGAACUCUAUGACUCCAAAGAUGAUUUUGUCGUCAAUAUCUGCCGUCAUUUUGCAAUGAUUUUUCACAUUGAUUAUACCUCAGCUAACCCUUCAAUUCCAGCAGCUUCCCAUGGGGGUUCUAUGCUUUCAUCAAAUUCCAGUGCAAGUUCUAGGUCAAAGAGCAGUGCUUCUUCUAAUUUGAAAGAGUUGGACCCCUUAAUAUUCUUAGAUGCUUUGGUUGAUGUGCUAGCGGAUGAGAAUAGGGCACAUGCCAAAGCUUCUCUUAGUGCUCUAAAUUUGUUUUCUGAAACACUUCUAUUCCUUGCUCGAUCAAAACAUGCUGAUGUUCUGAUGUCAAGAGGUGGUCCAGGUACUCCAAUGAUUGUCUCUAGCCCAUCAAUGAAUCCAGUAUAUUCACCUCCGCCAAGCAUUCGUAUCCCAGUUUUUGAGCAACUUCUACCUCGUCUUUUGCAUUGUUGCUAUGGUAGCACAUGGCAGGCACAAAUGGGAGGCGUUAUGGGACUUGGUGCUCUGGUUGGGAAAGUGACUGUUGAGAUUUUGUGCAAUUUCCAAGUGAGAAUAGUGCGUGGACUAGUAUAUGUGCUAAAAAGGCUUCCUCUUUACGGUAGUAAAGAACAAGAAGAGACUAGCCAGGUGCUUACACAGGUUCUUCGGGUGGUGAAUAAUGUUGAUGAAGCAAACAGUGAAUCACGCAGACAAAGUUUUCAAGGAGUUGUCGAAUUUCUUGCUUCAGAAUUGUUCAGUGCCAACACAUCUAUUGUAGUAAGGAAGAAUGUACAGUCAUGCUUAGCGCUUUUGGCUAGUAGGACUGGCAGUGAGGUUUCAGAGCUACUUGAGCCUCUGUAUCAGCCUUUGCUUCAACCUCUUAUUAUGAGGCCACUGCGUUCAAAGACUGUUGAUCAACAGGUUGGGAUUGUUACAGCUUUGAAUUUUUGCCUGGCCUUGAGGCCCCCUCUUCUCAAGUUGACCCAAGAACUGGUAAACUUUCUUCAAGAAGCAUUGCAGAUAGCCGAGACAGAUGAAACUGUGUGGGUUGUGAAGUUUAUGAAUCCGAAAAUGGCCACCUCUCUGAAUAAACUUCGAACAGCUUGCAUUGAGCUACUCUGUACUACUAUGGCAUGGGCAGAUUUCAAAACUCCAAACCAUGCUGAACUGCGUGCUAAAAUUAUUUCUAUGUUCUUCAAAUCUUUGACAUGUCGGACACCAGAAAUUGUAGCAGUUGCCAAGGAGGGCCUACGACAGGUUAUCAAUCAGCAAAGGAUGCCCAAAGAACUUCUGCAGAGCAGCCUUAGGCCUAUUCUUGUCAACUUGGCUCACACUAAAAAUCUUAGCAUGCCUCUUCUGCAAGGUCUGGCUCGCCUGCUUGAGCUUUUAUCCAAUUGGUUUAAUGUCACCUUGGGUGGAAAGUUAUUGGAGCACCUCAAGAAAUGGUUGGAGCCUGAAAAGCUUGCCCAGAGCCAAAAGUCAUGGAAACCUGGUGAAGAGCCCAAAAUUGCAGCAGCUAUCAUUGAGCUAUUUCACUUGCUUCCUCAAGCUGCAUCAAGGUUUCUUGAUGAACUUGUAACCUUGACCGUUGAUUUGGAAAGGGCUCUUCCCCCUGGACAAGUGUUUAGCGAAAUAAACAGUCCAUAUCGGCUUCCUCUUACUAAAUUUUUGAAUCGAUAUGCGACGCUUGCAGUUGAUUACUUUCUUGCUCGAUUAAGUGAUCCAAAGUAUUUCAGAAGGUUCAUGUACAUUAUACGAUCAGAUGCAGGACAACCUUUAAGGGAUGAACUUGCAAAGUCUCCACAGAAGAUACUUGCUAGUGCCUUUCCAGAAUUUUUGCUAAAAGCAGAUGCAACGACGGCUCCUGGUUCUUCAUCUGCAGCUGGGGCUUUAGCGGGUGAUGAAGGCAUCAUUGCCUCUCCAGCUGAGGCUUCCAAUUCAUCAUCGGUUCCCCCUGCCACAACUUCUGAUGCUUAUUUUCAAGGGCUUGCACUUAUUAAAACUUUGGUCAAACUGAUUCCUAGUUGGUUGCAUAGUAACCGUACAGUGUUUGAUACUUUAGUGCUUGUGUGGAAGUCACCUGCAAGAAUUUCUCGUUUGCAAAAUGAACAAGAGCUGAGCCUAGUGCAAGUUAAAGAAAGUAAAUGGCUUGUAAAGUGCUUCCUGAAUUACCUGCGACAUGACAAAACUGAAGUUAAUGUUUUGUUUGAUAUUGUAUCCAUAUUCUUGUUCCAUUCUCGCAUAGACUACACCUUUUUGAAGGAGUUUUAUAUUAUUGAGGUUGCUGAAGGUUACUUACCUGACUCCAAAAGAUCACUUCUCUUGCAUUUUCUGAACCUUUUCCAAGCAAAACAACUUGCUCAUGACCAUUUGGUGGUUGUCAUGCAAAUGCUUAUUCUUCCGAUGCUUGCCCAUGCCUUUCAGAAUGGACAAAGUUGGGAUGUUGUUGACCCUGGUAUUAUCAAAACAAUAGUUGACAAACUUCUUGAUCCACCAGAAGAGGUUUCUGCUGAAUAUGAUGAGACUUUGAGGAUUGAACUUUUGCAGCUUGCCACUUUACUUCUCAAAUAUCUUCAAACUGAUCUUGUUCAUCAUAGGAAAGAACUUAUUAAAUUUGGAUGGAAUCACCUAAAGCGUGAAGAUAGUGCUAGUAAGCAGUGGGCCUUUGUAAAUGUCUGCCACUUUUUGGAGGCCUACCAAGCCCCAGAAAAAAUCAUACUGCAGGUUUUUGUUGCACUUCUCAGAACUUGCCAGCCUGAAAAUAAAUUGCUGGUCAAGCAGGCACUUGAUAUACUAAUGCCAGCAUUACCAAGAAGGCUGCCUCUCGGAGAUUCUCGAAUGCCAAUUUGGAUUCGAUAUACUAAAAAAAUUCUGGUUGAAGAAGGCCACUCUAUUCCAAAUUUGAUCCAUAUUUUCCAGCUCAUUGUGCGCCACUCGGAUCUCUUCUAUAGCUGCAGAGCUCAGUUUGUACCUCAGAUGGUUAACUCCCUCAGUCGACUUGGAUUGCCAUACAAUACUACUGCAGAAAACAGGCGUCUUGCCAUUGAACUUGCUGGACUGGUAGUUGGUUGGGAAAGGCAAAGGCAAAAUGAAAUGAAAAUAUCAACUGACAGCGAUAUGCCGAGUCAGACUAAUGAUGGGUAUAAUGGUGGCCCAGCUGUUUCUGAUCCCAAGCGUGUAGUGGACGGGUCUACAUUUCCUGAAGACCCAAGCAAGAGAGUGAAAGUUGAGCCUGGUCUUCAAAAUAUCUGCGUCAUGUCACCUGGUGGUCCACCAGCAAUUCCAAAUGUAGAAACCCCAGGCUCUGGUGGACAGCCUGAUGAAGAGUUCAAACCAAAUGCUGCUAUGGAGGAAAUGAUUAUAAAUUUUCUCAUAAGAGUUGCCUUGGUUAUAGAGCCUAAGGAUAAAGAAGCAAGUAUCAUGUACAAACAAGCCUUAGAUCUGCUUUCCCAAGCUCUGGAUGUGUGGCCAAAUGCCAAUGUCAAGUUUAAUUAUUUGGAAAAGCUUCUCAGCAGUAUUCAGCCAUCGCAGUCGAAGGAUCCUUCAACUGCACUUGCACAAGGCUUGGAUGUCAUGAACAAAGUUUUGGAGAAGCAGCCUCAUUUGUUUAUUAGGAAUAACAUCAGCCAGAUUUCUCAAAUUUUGGAACCUUGUUUCAAACAUAAGAUGCUAGAUGCUGGAAAGUCAUUGUGCUCUCUGUUGAAGAUGAUAUUUGUUGCAUUUCCACCAGAUGCUGCUAGCACACCGACAGAUUUGAAGCUAUUGUACCAGAAAGUGGAUGAGCUGAUACAGAAGCAUAUUAAUAAUCUUACAACUUCCCAGGCUCCAGGCGAGGACAACUCUGCUAAUUCAAUCAGCUUUGUGCUGCUUGUCAUUAAGACCUUGACAGAGGUGGAGAAGUACAUUGAUCCAGUUUGCCUGGCUCGAAUCCUUCAACGCCUAGCACGUGAUAUGGGAUCAUCAGCCGGUUCUAAUUUGAGACAAAGAACAGACCCAGAUUCAGCAGUCUCUUCUUCUCGUCAGGGUUCUGACCUUGGAGCUGUCAUUUCAAAUUUGAAAUCUGUAUUGAAGCUUAUCAGUGAAAAAGUCAUGGUUGUCCCAGAAUGCAAACGGAAUGUAUCUCAAAUUUUGAACUCUCUGCUGUCAGAAAAAGGCACUGAUGCAAGCGUGCUUCUUUGCGUCCUAGAUGUGAUAAAGGGGUGGAUUGAAGAUGAUUUCAGCAAACAGGGAGCAGGGACAUCAAGUGCCUUUCUCAACCCUAAGGAAAUAGUCUCUUUUCUUCAAAAGCUUUCACAGGUUGACAAGCAAAACUUCCAACCUGAUGCUUUGGAGGAGUGGGACAGGAAAUAUCUCCAGCUUCUUUAUGGAAUUUGCGCAGAUUCAAACAAAUAUCCGUUGGCUUUACGUCAAGAAAUAUUUCAGAAGGUGGAAAGACACUUCAUGCUUGGUUUACGUGCAAAGGAUCCUGAGAUUAGAAUGAAUUUUUUCUCACUUUAUCACGAAUCUUUAGGAAAAACAUUGUUUACUAGACUUCAAUAUAUCAUUCAAAUCCAGGAUUGGGAAGCUUUAAGUGAUGUUUUCUGGCUUAAACAAGGUCUUGAUCUUCUUCUGGCUAUACUGGUUGAGGAUAAGCCCAUCACUCUUGCUCCAAACUCUGCCAGAGUUCUGCCACUUCUGGUCUCUGCUCCUCUUUCAGAUGGUUCCAGCAUGCAGCAACAGGUUACUGAUGUCUCGGAGGGCAUUGAGGAGGCACCUUUAACUUUUGAUAGCCUUGUUCUUAAGCACAGUCAGUUUUUGAACGAGAUGAGCAGACUUCAGGUGGCUGAUCUUGUUAUUCCAUUGAGAGAACUGGCUCAUACAGAUGCUAAUGUUGCAUAUCAUUUGUGGGUGCUUGUUUUUCCCAUUGUCUGGGUGACUUUGCAAAAAGAUGAACAGGUGACAUUAGCUAAACCAAUGAUUACUCUGCUUUCAAAAGAUUAUCAUAAAAAACAGCAAGCCAGUAGACCAAAUGUUGUGCAAGCUCUUCUAGAAGGCCUUCAGUUGAGCCACCCUCAACCUCGGAUGCCAAGUGAGCUUAUCAAGUAUAUUGGAAAGACUUACAAUGCAUGGCAUAUUGCCUUGGCUUUACUGGAAAGUCAUGUCAUGCUGUUCAUGAAUGAGACGAAGUGCUCCGAGUCAUUAGCCGAGCUUUACCGUUUGCUCAAUGAAGAAGAUAUGAGAUGUGGUUUGUGGAAGAAAAGGUCUAUCACUGCAGAAACAAGAGCUGGACUUUCACUAGUUCAGCAUGGUUAUUGGCAGCGUGCUCAAAGCCUCUUUUACCAAGCCAUGGUAAAGGCAACUCAAGGCACAUAUAAUAACACAGUACCGAAGGCUGAGAUGUGUCUAUGGGAAGAACAGUGGCUUUAUUGUGCAACUCAACUUAGUCAGUGGGAUGCAUUGGUUGACUUUGGUAAAAGUAUUGAGAAUUAUGAAAUUCUUCUUGAUACCCUUUGGAAAUUGCCUGAUUGGGCAUAUAUGAAAGACCAUGUAAUUCCAAAGGCUCAAGUAGAAGAAACUCCAAAACUUCGUCUGAUACAGUCCUUUUUUGCCCUUCAUGAUAAAAAUACAAGUGGUGUUGGGGAUGCUGAAAAUAUAGUGGGUAAAGGUGUUGAUCUGGCAUUGGAGCAGUGGUGGCAGUUGCCAGAAAUGUCUAUUCAUGCUAGGAUUCCCCUUUUGCAGCAAUUCCAGCAAUUAGUAGAAGUUCAAGAGUCUGCUCGAGUUUUAGUCGAUAUUUCCAAUGGAAGCAAACCUUCUGGCAGUCCUUCUGUUGGCGUCCAUGGGAAUCUUUAUGCAGACCUAAAGGACAUUCUUGAGACUUGGAGACUGAGAACACCAAAUGAAUGGGAUAAUAUGUCUAUCUGGUAUGAUUUGCUGCAGUGGAGGAAUGAAAUGUAUAAUGCUGUCAUUGAUGCAUUCAAAGAUUUUUUGCAUACAAAUUCACAACUUCAUCACCUUGGAUUUCGUGACAAGGCAUGGAAUGUGAAUAAACUUGCUCACAUUGCUCGUAAACAAGGCCUUCAUGAUGUCUGUGUGACAAUUCUUGAGAAAAUGUAUGGACAUUCAACCAUGGAAGUGCAGGAAGCCUUUGUUAAGAUCAGAGAACAAGCCAAAGCCUAUCUUGAGAUGAAGGGAGAGCUUACUAGUGGCCUAAAUUUGAUAAACAGCACUAACUUGGAAUAUUUCCCUGUAAAACAUAAAGCAGAGAUUUUCCGUCUUAAGGGUGAUUUUAUGUUAAAACUAAGCGACUCUGAAGGUGCCAAUCUUGCAUAUUCCAAUGCCAUUGGCCUUUUCAAAAAUUUGCCUAAAGGAUGGAUAAGCUGGGGGAACUAUUGUGAUAUGGCUUAUAAAGAUACCCAAGAGGAGAUUUGGCUGGAAUAUGCGGUUAGCUGCUUUCUUCAAGGUAUUAAAUUUGGUGUUUCCAAUUCCAGAAACCAUUUGGCUCGGGUUCUGUAUCUUUUGAGCUUUGAUACACCGAAUGAGCCAGUAGGGAGGGCAUUUGAUAAAUACUGGGACCAAGUACCCAAUUGGGUCUGGCUCUCUUGGAUUCCACAACUAUUACUUUCUUUGCAGAGGACAGAGGCUCCGCAUUGCAAACUUGUUUUGCUGAAUAUUGCCACUGUAUUUCCACAGGCUCUGUAUUACUGGCUUCGUACAUAUCUACUUGAGCGCCGUGAUGUUGCAAAUAAAUCUGAGCUAAAUAGAAUGGCAAUGGCUCAUCAAAGAAUGCAGCAAAAUGUCUCUGGUGCUGGGGUUGGUUCUCUUGGAAUGUCUGAUGGAAAUGCAAGGGGACAGAAUCAUGCUGGGUCUACUUUAACCGCAGACAAUCAAAUUCACCAAGCCCCUCAAUCUGGUGGGGCGAUGGGGGCACACGAUGGUGGAAAUUCUCAUGGGCAGGAAUCCGAAAGGUCUGCAGCCUCAACAGUUGAGAGCAGUGUACAUACAGGUAGUGAUCAACCAUUACAGUCAAGUUCUUCAACAAUCAAUGAAAAUGGUCAGAAUCCAAUGAGGCGUGGUGCUUUGGGAUGGGCUGCUUCUUCUGCCAGUGCCUUUGAUGCUGCGAAGGACAUAAUGGAGGCUCUCAGAAGCAAACACACUAAUUUGGCUAGUGAACUUGAGGUUCUGCUCACUGAAAUAGGGUCGCGAUUUGUUACAUUGCCGGAGGAGAGACUUCUUGCUGUUGUUAAUGCGCUGCUUCACCGCUGUUACAAGUACCCAACUGCCACUACAGCAGAGGUUCCCCAAUCUCUCAAAAAAGAAUUAUCUGGUGUUUGCAGGGCUUGCUUUUCUGCCGAUGCUGUGAACAAGCAUGUUGAUUUUGUGACGGAGUACAAGCAGGAUUUUGAGCGAGAUCUGGAUCCAGAUAGCACAGUUACUUUCCCUGCCACCCUUUCUGAACUUACUGAGCGGUUGAAACAUUGGAAAAAUGUUCUCCAGAGCAAUGUCGAGGACAGAUUUCCUGCUGUCUUGAAGCUUGAAGAAGAAAGUAGGGUGUUAAGGGACUUCCAUCUUGUUGAUGUAGAGGUCCCAGGGCAGUAUUUUACUGAUCAGGAAAUCGGACCAGAUCACACAGUUAAGUUGGAUAGGGUUGGGGCUGAUAUUCCUAUUGUUCGAAGGCAUGGAAGCAGUUUCCGACGCUUGACUCUGAUUGCAUCUGAUGGCUCUCAACGGCAUUUUAUUGUUCAGACAUCUUUGACACCUAAUGCUAGAAGUGAUGAGCGCAUUCUCCAGCUUUUCCGCGUGUUGAACCAGAUGUUUGAUAAGCACAAAGAAUCAAGGCGUCGGCACAUAUCCAUUCACACCCCAAUUAUCAUUCCAGUUUGGUCCCAGGUUCGCAUGGUUGAAGAUGAUUUAAUGUACAGUACGUUCCUUGAGGUGUAUGAGAACCACUGUGCGAGGAAUGACCGAGAGGCAGAUCUCCCAAUUACCUACUUCAAGGAGCAAUUAAACCAAGCCAUAUCUGGCCAAAUACCUCCUGAAACCGUUGUAGAUCUUCGCCACCAAGCUUAUAAUGAGAUAACAAAAAAUCUCGUGACUGACAGCAUCUUUUCCCAAUACAUGUACAAGACCCUUCUUAGCGGCAACCAUAUGUGGGCAUUUAAAAAGCAAUUUGCUAUCCAGUUGGCCCUUUCAAGUUUCAUGUCAUUCAUGCUUCAAAUUGGCGGAAGGUCUCCAAAUAAGAUAUUAUUUGCUAAAAACACUGGAAAAAUUUUCCAGACUGAUUUUCACCCUGCAUAUGAUACCAAUGGAAUGAUCGAGUUUAAUGAACCAGUACCUUUCCGUUUAACAAGGAACAUGCAGGCAUUCUUCUCUCAUUUUGGAGUUGAAGGGCUUAUUGUAUCUGCAAUGUGUGCUGCAUCUCAGGCCGUGGUUUCACCUAAACAAAGUCAACAUCUAUGGCAUCAAUUGGCCAUGUUUUUCCGUGAUGAGCUGCUUUCUUGGUCUUGGAGAAGACCACUUGCAAUGCCAAUGGCGGCUGUUGCUGGAGGAGGUAAUAUGAAUCCAGUUGACUUCAGACAUAAGGUCAAUACCAAUGUUGACAAUGUAGUCAACCGGAUACGUGGAAUUGCUCCCCAGUUUCUCUCUGAAGAGGAGGAAAAUGCUGUAGAUCCACCACAGUCGUUGCAGCGGGGCGUCACUGAGUUGGUUGAAGCGGCCUUGAUUCCGAGAAACCUGUGUAUGAUGGAUCCUACAUGGCAUCCUUGGUUUUAGAGUUGAAGAAGAGUACUUGUAGUAUAGCAAAUAUCAUUGGAAUGUCAAAGGCAGUUUUCCGUUGUAAAUAUUAUCAUGUACAUAUAACAGUUAUAGGUUUGCUGUUAGUUGACGUUUUGGAUUACGAAGGAAUUAGAUUAUGUAAUCAAGUUUUCAAUCUUUAAUUUAAAAAAUUUCCGGAAA